AUGUUCAUACCAAUUGUUGCCUUGGCGCCAAGCAAUGGCUGGCCGAGGAAGAGAGUGAGGCGAAUAGAAAGGAAGCGGGAGCGAGUUGGCUGCUCAAAGCAGCGAAUGACAGAAUUGAAAAUGUUUCCACAUUUCGUCAUUUGCUCCAACAGACAGAACCCCACUUGCAUCUCUCUUUCCGUCCGUCUCUCCAUCACUCUUCCUGCUCGCUCGCUCGUGCCCAACAGUCAUACUGACUGGCGCUCAAGUAGUGUCGUGCGGAGCAUUUCCUAUUUGUGUGAAAUGCCUUUGUCUGCUGCUUCACUCUGCUCAGUUUCUGUUCUCUUGCGCUGCCCGACACACGCUACAUCCGGCCUGCUUGCAGCCUCGCUUCUCGGCCAGCACCCCUUCGCGCCGUCGGUGUCGUCUUCUCGCUGCGAAACCAGCCACCUCAACAGCCUGCCCCAGUUUGCUGUAUCAGCCGAAGAGGAGGCGACAAUGUCGUCACGAUCCGCCUUCCCGCCCAACUCCACGGCAACGCCGAUGCCUCUUCUGCCCCCGUUGCCUCCGACUGGAUUGAUUGGGCCACUUUUUGCAUUCCGUCAAAGCCUCGGUCUCAAUCACGCCCAAACCUGCCUACCCAACUUCUCCUCUUCUUCUUCCACGUCACCCUCUGCCUCUUCUUCUUCUUCUUCUUCUUCUUCUUCUUCUCCCUCCUCUUCCUCCGGUUACUUGGGUCUUCCUCUCGAGCUGGCCACC